AUGGCCCUGUCCGUUUUCAGGGGGCCCCUCACCCUCUGGCGCUGCAACUUCAUCAACUCGGAGAAGCACCUGACUGAGAAGCUGCAGGAGAACAAAUACUUCCCGUUCCAGGUGCAGCAGCCGAAAGUGUUCGUGAUGGAAUACUACAAGGACAUGAUCUGGAAGGGCGCGCUGCUGUUCCUGGCCUCGCUGGUGGCCAGCAUCUUCUACUUCCGAGCCACGAAGGGCUCCCAGGACUUCUCGGUCUUCUUCGUCUACGGCAUGCUGAGCGGGCUGUGGCUGGUCGUGAGCAACGUCAACAAGCGCCGGCUGCUGAUCAACCACCUGAAGGGCAUCUACCAGUUCUACAUCAAAGGCAUCCUGUGGCAGGAGGGGCCGCUGCACCAGAUCUACGUCCGGCUCGUGGCCCAGCGCGAUGCCUAUGGGAAGCUCUUCUACACCCUGAUCAUCAACGGAUACCGGCUGGAGGUGCUGACCCUGGCUGAGCUGUCGGACAAGUUUGAGCAGAUACAGGCGCUGGGGCACCGGGUCGCUCGCAACCUGAACCUCAACUACUUCGACUACGAGGACGUCUCCUUGCGCCACGUCAUCCGGCACAUGCCCCCGGAGAAGUACGAGGAAGACGAGGCGGAGAACGGCGAAAACGUGAGCGUGUGA